CUGGAGGUACGCAUUGGAACGCAUUCGAAAUGUCGUGAACUUAUUUAAUUCAUAGUACUGUUCAUAAUACUGUUUACGAUCAAAAUCGUUCUUACUUUUAUUAUUUAUCUACUCCUGCAAAGCACCGACCUAACGAAAGCUGAAUAUUGAAUUUUUUGAAAUAAAUGUGUUGGAAAGCAGAGAAAGUUAUCACAUGCGCGAGACUUUUGAUAGUUAAUCUUCUGAAAUGAAAACAAUUUGAAGAGUAAAUAUACAGAUAUGUAUUGAAAUUAAAAAAUAGAAUUUACAUAUUCUGUUCACGGUAUAACAAUUAUGAAUCUUAAAGAAAAUCUGUUAAAUUCGAGCACUUGUAAACAAAAUCAUACCGUAUAUAAAUUUCCAUUUGUUGGAUUAGAUGAUAAACCUUAUGAUACAAAAUGUCUUUUAUGUGAUAUAAAAUUUGUUCUCCCUGAUAAUGAAAAGGAUCUUUUGACACAUUUGUUUAAAGAACACAGGCUUGUAAUAGGGGAUGUUUGGAACAUUGCUAGUUUAAAAAGCUAUAUACAUUAUUGGAGUAUAAAAUUUAAGGAAGAGCCGAUAACUACGUAUUGUACAACGAUGUUAAUGGAUUGCACACCCGAUGGACAACCGAGUAAAAAUGAAACAUAUUUCCUACUUUCUGAUUGCAUCUUAGAAGAUAAAACGUUAAGAGAUGAAAUACACAGGGCCAAGUUGGAAUGGGUUUUAUCGGAACAAAGCAAGGAAAGAACCGACACUAAUUUUAAACGGGGAUGUAUCUUUUGCCGACUGGAAUUUUCAGGAUUACGUACCACGUACAUAAAACAUUUGGCGCAAGAACAUAAUUUAUACUUUGGGAAACCGGAUAAUCUAGUAUUCGUUCAUGAAUUUAUAGAUAAGGUUGAGAAUACUCUUGAAAAUUUGGUGUGUCUAUAUUGUGAAAAAACAUUUACCGAUCGUACGGCAUUAAAGGAACAUAUGCGCAAAAAGUUACAUAAGCGCAUAAAUCCUAACAAUAAAGAGUACGAUAGAUUUUAUAUAAAUAAUUAUUUGGAGCCUGGAAAAUCAUGGAGGCAUAAACAGGUUCAGAGUAAAGUAAAGGAAGAUGAUUCGGUAGGGGAUCAAAGCAGCGAAGACGAGGGAACAUGGUCCGAUUGGAAUGAUGAAAGCAUCGGUAUUACAUGUUUGUUCUGUACACACACCGAUAAACAUUUCCAUCUCAUGCUUGCUCAUAUGAAAAUUGAUCAUGAUUUUGACUUCCAAGAAGCAUCUAAAGAUUUAUCGUUCUAUCAAAAAGUGAAAGUGGUUAAUUAUGUAAGAAGUCAAAUUCAAUUGCGACGUUGUGUUUUUUGUGAAGUAGAAGUGGAGAAUCCCUUGGAGCAUAUGAAACAACAAAAUCAUUUUAAGAUACCUGUGCAAAAAGUAUGGGAUCAGCCGAAAUUUUACUUUCCUCUAUGCGAAAAUGAUUCCUUUCUAUACAACUUGGAUACAAGCGGUAGCAGCGAUGAAGAAAGUGAAACAGAAAAUGCUGUAGAAACAGCGUUAGGAGAAUUAAAAGAAUAUACAAUUUCUUAAUCUAACAGAAUAUUGUGGCGGAAUGAUUUAUCUCUUAACAGGAUCUUGUGAAUGAUGAAACUGUUAAUUAGAACAAUAUGUUUAUAUAUUUUAUAAAUAUUUGUCAAAGUUAUUAUAGUACAUUACCCCAGAGCAUGUGCUUUAUAAUAUAUAUAUAGCGAAAUAUAAGUGUGAAUGUAGUUUA